UUCGGUCUCCACUUAGAACAUUAGCUUUGAAUUUUAAAAACACAAUUUAAAAAAAAAUCAUUAGAGAAUUUAAACAAUCUGUCAAAAUGUACCGAAGCGUGAAGUUAACAUAUUGCAAUUAUUGCGGAAACCGAUAUUUGGUUUUUGUUUUAUUUUUCGCGACUUUCUUAAUUUACAGCAUUUUGAAUCAAAUAAAAUUGAUAGAUCGAGGUUUCAAAAAUCGGAUUUUGAACCAAAAAAUGCAAAUUGAAUCCACAUACCCUCGCUUGGAAGUCAAUGAUUCUAAUUGGUUCUCAAACUCAGUCCCGAAGUUUCAUAAAGAUUCAUACUUUGCGUUUGUCGACUCUUUGGCUCUGCAGCUGGUGGCUGAAUCAAUUGAGUUCCGAGGAUGUAUAGCGAGAAACAACUAUUGGAACGAAAACUUAGCACCAGUUAUCUAUUCUGACCCUAUAGACUGUCCUUUAUUCUGCCUUGGAAGAAGUUACUCGUAUUUCAAUCUGGCAGUUGAUAACAAGCACUGUUUUUGUUCAAACAGUUCUUUUGGAGCUAAUGAUUGUGAAGCUGAACUUAAAAGGGAUGAUCUAAGUGCAGUUCUUUAUCGCAGUUAUGAGAUCAAACCGAGAGCAAAACUAUCUACGAAGAACACUUCGUUUCUUGGUUGUUUCUCCGGAGACAUAGCCCAAAUUGGCCAUAACUCAGAACCACUUUGGGGUUCAUCAAAUGAGUCGAAUCUUAACGCAAAGAGCUGCUCAGAUUCCUGCAAAACAUUUCAGUCAUCACUUUUUGCUAAUAGACAACCAAAUUCUUCUUGCUACUGCGGUAUUUCACUGGUCGAAAGUAUCAAAAACGUGCACAAAGCCGAUUCUCACCUGAAGUGCGAUAUUGCUGCUUUUAAAACGGAGAAGAGUUUUGAUAUUUGCAGACAGCAAGCUGUGUUUCUUGAUCCGAAAACCAGUAAAGUGCCCCGUGUGGCUCUGGUUUCGGUUGCUGGAUCAGGAAACACCUGGACGCGAUAUUUGGCGGAAAGUGUGACUGGAAUUCUGACUGGCAGUUUAUACAAUGACAUUAACUUGUUCCGCGGAGGCUUGAGGGGUGAAAUAGAAAAGAACUGGAACAAAACAACCUUCAUCAAAUCGCACAUAUUAGAUGCUCCAUUUUUUCCUUAUAUGGACAAAUUUGUCUUCCUAAUACGAAACCCAAUAAGGAGCGCUCUCGCAGAGUUCCAACGACAACUGGCGGGAGGACAUACGAGCGGCAUGAGUGUGCAUGAGUUCAGAAACAAUAGUAAACGGUUUUUCCAAAUAUUCAAAAGUCAUAUUACAUCUAGUCUCCCCCGCUUGGCACAAUUCCAACCCAAACAAUCGCAGCCUGUACUCACAAUUUCUUAUGAAGAUAUGACUGACAACUUGCUACCACAGCUUCUCAGAAUAGCCCACUUCUUGGAAAUGGAUUCAGAUACAAUCAUUUUGGACCGGGCUGUGUGCACUGAGUUGAACCAGGCUCGGAUCAAAGCGAAAAGUAAAAGGGUUCAAAAAGAAGACUUGUCGCCAUUAGCACUGAAAGUAAUUGCUAAAAAUAAAACUUUUGAACAGUUGGAAAAAAUUAAUAAUUUUUUUAUUGAUAGAAAAACUCACCAUAUGCGAUUGAAAGACUACCAAGCGUCAUUCGAUAACUCCUAAAACUCUUGCUGCAUUCUGUGCCGUAUAUUAUUAAUAUACUGAGAAAUAAAAAUAACAAUA